UUAGACAAGGAUGACAUGACAUCCGAGCAGCAUUCGUGUACAAUUCGUGUAGAAAUCUGAACACCUUGAAGACCUUGAGUUCUUUGACUCGAGUGAUUCUGUUGAAAGGUUGAAACCAGCUCCAGUUUCUCGUUGAAGUUCGAAAUAUAAUCAUGGAUGAUAGAUUUCUAUUUCGAUUCGAUUCAUUCCAUAGGGGGUGGAUAUAAGGCCGAUUGGUCGUAAACUGAUCUGUGAAUCUAUAUAUUUAAAUAUUUAUUUUAUAUUUAUAGAAUAAUGAUGUCGACGCGCGCGCGCGCGGAUAUUACUGAACUGAAAAAGAACGCAGAAGGCAAAAAUAAAGAUAAAAUCUAUUGUAUGUUUUGUUCUUCAAAAAUGCUCAAUGCUGGAGCUGCUAGAUUGAUAAACAUGGAUUUUGCGCUACCUCAUAUCCAUAGCAAAGCAGGGGACAAAGCUAAUCAAUCAGAAACGAUUUCUGCUUACUGGUUAAUAGAAGAUAUGUAUACUUUUGAAAAUAUUGGUGUGUCACACACAGUAGACAAUGUCAAGUAUCUAGCUUGUGCUGAUUGUGAGAGAGGUCCAGUGGGAUGGCAUGAUUUGUCCAGUAAAAAGUCAUAUAUUGCAUCAUGUAGAGUAAAAUAUGAAUGAAUAGAAGUAACAGCUUAUUAAUUAAAUAUAGUUUUAUAAUUUUAUAUAAUAUAUAU